AUGAGUUCUCAGUCGGACGAACAAAAAAGGAAAAUGAAAAUUCGUCAAUUUUUCGCACGAGUAGACACGUCUUGUCGAGACGAGAUUUGGUUAACUUCACUGAAACCAAAUUUAGAAAAGAUAUUAAUGGAAUUAAAUAGCGAUGACAGUUUUGAAGCUUUGUAUCUAAAUGCUUAUAAAUUGGUACUUCAUGGACACGGUGAAAAACUCUAUGAAAAUACGAAAAACUUAAUUAAUGAACAUAUUGUUGUAUACAUUCAACCAAAACUUCUUCAAUUGUCUCCUUUGGAAUUUGUUGAUACACUUAAAUCAUUGUGGAAGAAUUAUCGUACAAGUAUAAUCAUGAUUCGCGAUGUUCUUACGUAUAUGGAUCGAGUUUAUGUUUCUUCAAAACGUCUUGAAUCUGUUGAUGAUUUAGGUGUAAAGUUAUUUCGAGAAAAUAUUCUUUUGAAUCCAAUUGUAGAGAAAUCUUUUGAAAAAGCCUUUUUGGAGAUGAUCACCGCUAAAUAUGAGAAGAAAACCAUUGUCGAUGAUAUUGAUGAUUUAUUAAAAACGUUUCAAAUUAACAAAGAUCUUUUUUACAAUGAUGAAUUUCAUUCAAUGUGUUUACAACGUUUUACAGAAUUUUAUCAACUGGAAAAUGAAAGAUUAUUAAAAGAAAAUGACACAUUGACAUAUCUUCGAAAUGUUGACUUAUUUUUUGAAGAACAAUUCGAACAAGUUUAUCCUCAAUUAAAUCAAUCGCUUAGAAAACCUCUGGUUUCACUACUUAUCGAAGAAUUCGUGAAUAAAUAUAAAGAACAUCCAAUAGCAAUGGGGAAAAUGUGUGUCUAUAAAAUGUUUCAAUCGAAUCAAUAUGAAGAAUUGGAAACAAUUUAUAAAAUUUAUAAGAAAAUACCUGAUGGAUUGUCUAUCGUUACUCGUCGCAUUGAUGAAUAUUUAAGAGAAGAAGGACAAAAUGCAUCUCUGGACAAAUUUCUUGAUUUAAAAGAUCAACUUGGUCUUUUUUGGGAAAAAUCUUUUCAUUAUGAUCAAAUUAUUUGUGAACAAAUCAAUUCUGAUUUGGAAAAUUUACUAAAUUUCAAUGAGAAUUUCCAAGAAAAUCUUCUCUCAUUUAUUAACAAAUCUUUUCAAAAUAAAUCAAAUCUUUCUCAAGAACAAAUGAUCAAAUUAAUCAAAGCAAUUCUUUUAUUAUUUUAUCUCAAAAUCGAAGAUCUUUUCAAAGAAAAUUUUCUUCUCAAUGAAUUUUUUCAAUUUGAUCAAUUUGAAAUUCUCGAAAAGAUUUUCAUCGAUUAUCGACAAAUACCAAAUGGUUUAACGAAAUUGAUCAAUGCAAUGAAAAAUAAUUUAGAAAAACAAAGUCAAUCAAUAAUUAGUGAAGACCUAAGAAGUUUAAUCAAUUUAAAAGACAAAUUCGAUCGAUUUCUGAGAAAAUCUUUUCGUUCCAAUGAACAAUUCAUCAAAGAAAUCAAUUCUCAUUGGAAAAAUUGUCUUAAUUCAUAUAAAAUGCUUCCUGAAUAUUUUUCAUUAUUUCUUAACAAUCAAAUGAGAAAUUAUUCAGAUGAUAAUGAAGAAAUUCGAGAUAUUCUCAAGAAAACCAUCGAACUUAUUGGAUAUCUCGAAGAUCGAGAGAUUUUUCGAGAAUUUUAUCAAAAACAUUUCGGUGAACGUCUUCUUUCCAAUGAAAUAUCUUGUGAAGAUUUAGAAAAUGAUCUUUUAUCUUUAUUAACAAACACUUUUGGAAACGAAUUUACACAUGAUUUUCAAAUGAUGUUCAAAGAUAUUUUCUUAUCUUCAAAAUUAAUAAGAAAAGAGUUUCAGGAACAUGUUAAUGAACAUCAUUUGAAUUUCCAUGGAAUUGAUUUUCAUAUUGAAAUAUUAAAAAGAAAUUCUUGGCCAAUUUCUCAUUUAAAUAACAAAGGAAAUCUUCCAUUCAACAUUUAUCACGUUUAUCAAUAUUUUCAGGAAUUUUAUUUGAAAAGAUUUAAUGGUCGUCAAUUAAUUUUCUUCCCACAAUUUGGUUCAGCACAUUUAAGAUUAGAAAUCAAUGGAGGAAAAAUUCUUCUUCAAGUUUCAACAUAUCAAAUGAUGAUUUUAAUGUUAUUCAAUAAAAAACAAUCAUGGACAUUUGAAGAAAUUCAUCAUGAAACUGAUAUCGAUGAAGAUGAUAUGAAAAAAGCGUUGUUUCCAUUAUGUCAUCAGGAAAAUCUUCUUCUCAAAGAUUCCAAUAAGAAAAACAUGGAAUUGACCGAUCGAUUUUCUGUUAAUGAAUCUUUUGCAUCGAAUCAUCGUUUUGUGAAAAUUCAUUCGUCGAAAGUCAAAUUUGCAAAUAAAAUCCAAUGUGAAGACAUUCAGAAGAAAAUCAAUGAUCCUCAUGAAUGGCAAAUUCGAGCUGCAAUUGUGAGAAUUAUGAAAUCUUUUCAAAUAAUAACACAUCAACAACUUAUUACUCGAAUAACUGAAGAAUUCAAAUCUCGUUUUAUUCCAUCUUUAAUUAUCAUAAAACGAGAAAUCGAACGAUUAAUCGAAACAGAUUAUAUUGAACGAUCACAAGAUGAUCUACAAAAAUACGUUUACAAGACUUAA